ACAAAACAAUCCUCCUGGAACCGAGUGUUCCCAUUCAAGCUGUUGCAACAAGGUGCCUGCAGCAGAGCGUCGUUGGGACAUGCGCCAGUUCCACAAGCAUCAACGCAGCUGCCGCAAGAACAGGAGCAGUCUGCGGACCGGAUAGUUGCAACAGACUGCGCACAACAGCCGGCCGGCCGUGCACCCCCCAAUGCGAUUGCCCUCGAACUCCGAGAUCUCUCCACUCCAUGUGGUUCAACACCUACUUCAAGUGGGGUUAGACCCCUCCCUUGUGAACGGACUUCAUCACUCUCCUAAAAAGAGCACGCCCAAAACCUUCGAUGGUCUCGACGAUGAAGAUGAGCGCAUGCCAGAUGCGGCUGAGCCCGAGGAUGCCGAACCCGAGCAGGAAGUAGAGGAGGAGGCCGAGAAGGACGACGGCUCUGUUGCGGAGGAAGAUGUCCCAGAGGAGGAGGAGGAGGAAGAGGAGGAAGCCAAGUCUCCGACACCGCCACCCGAACCUGUCAUCCGUCGCCGCCGGCUAGGAAGGCCGCCCAAGAACCGCCCACCGGACUGGGACACAUUGCCGAUCGAACCUCCCAACCCUGAUGCCACGCCGCGCCGCCGCGGCCGCGGAGGAUGGCGUGGGCGUGGUGGACGUAAGGGGCAGCACUACCAACCCACGCAGCAGUCGAUCGACAAGGAUGGCACGGUAUUGGACAUCGUUAACGACGAGGUCGACCUUCCCCAGGAUCCCGAAGGCGAGAAAAAAGUCGACAAGCUGGGGAAUCUCGAAGACGGACGCGAGUACCGAUGCCGAACCUUCACGCUGGCUAACCGCGGCGACCGGCUUUACAUGCUUUCUACCGAGCCCGCCCGCUGUGUCGGCUUCCGCGACUCGUACCUCUUCUUCACCAAGCACAAGAAGCUCUACAAGAUCAUUGUCAACGACGAGGAGAAGCGCGACAUGAUUGAACGCGACAUCAUCCCGCACAGCUACAAGGGCCGCUCAAUAGGCAUUGUCACUGCCCGCUCAGUCUUCCGCGAGUUUGGUGCCCUCAUCAUUGUCGGUGGGCGCCGGGUCAUUGAUGACUAUGAGGUCACCAAGGCACGCGAGGAAGGUGCAGUCGAGGGCGAGCUAGCCGACCCGUCAGAUGUCUACGACGCCAACGUACCGUACAACAAGAAUCAGUACGUCGCUUGGCAUGGUGCCAGCGCGGUGUACCACGCAGGGGGGCCCUCAGUGCCCCAGCAGAACGUCAAGGCCGAGACCAAGAAGCGACGUGUCGCCGUCAACGACGUCAACUGGCAGCUAGAGCACGCCAGGGAGGCCAGCCAAUUUAACAGCAUGCUCUCGAGCGUACGCCGCAACAACCGCAACGGCGUUUACGACAUCCAGACCAACCAGAUGCACUAUCCCGCUAUCAUGCAACCGACGCACGCGCGGAUCGAGCAGAUCGUGGACGGUGGCGAACCCGAGCAGCCGUCCGCCAGUUCCGCUACCAUCUUCCCUGCCAUUAAGCCAUCCAUCUCGCGCAACUUCCUCGUCAUGGACAUGCACCUCGAGACGCCGCCCGCGGGCGUCUCGGUGGCGGCCUACGACGUACCCUUCCGCACCUCGCGGACCGACUACGAACCCUCGGCGUCCGCCGACUUUCUGGCGCCCUUCAAAGACCUGCGCUCCGUGCCCGACGACAUCCGUGACCUGCUCCCCGAGGAGUGCCGCCAGGCCUUCGACGACGCCAAAGACAAGGAGAACAACUGGUUCGAGAGGUGGGGCAACGAGGCCGAGGUGACUUCGAGACGUGAGCCAGUCGUGGAUAAGGCCAUCGUGCCUUAUUCGAUGAUGAUUGCCUGAAAAAAUAUCAUUACCUUGCAAGCGAGGGGGGUGGUGGUUCUUUUUCACUGACUCGUGCUCCCUUAUUUCCUUUUGGGUUCCAUAGGUUCUUAUUUCAAGAUCCACACCUGUUAUACUGGCGUUGAGUCCAAGCACCCGCCUCUGCCGAACGAGGCCAAGGAAGAUACAAACGUGGUUUACACCACCACACCCAAG